GCAACCUAAUAUUGCUGCCCUAACGUACAGCGUUGCGAAGAACCGGGUUACGUGGAUUCUAUUUAUGCUAUCACAGCUGCGGGCUGGAGGCGGAAAGUCAAACCAAAAGUCUGGGACCUCCCAGGAACCAGAAACACUCCCGGUUCGGAUAUGUACUGUGCGCUGCUUCUUCGGUCGAGCCGAGGGCUGGAUCGCCAAUGGGAGAUGCUCCGUGAUAUAAACAUCAAUAUACAGAACUCCCACUCAGUGCUCACGCCAAGCUCAACGAUGGGAAGUUGUCACGCUCGAGAAACCGGGGUAGUCCGGGAGAAGGGCUGAGCAUAAAUGCCACACAGUAUCCUCGAGUGAUGGAAUACCCCCAGUGGACGUCAUCGCUCACACACCCACUUCUUCUAACAGAGCGAGCAAUAGCUGUAUUCAGCAACCGGUCUCAAGAUGCUGUCUCAAACGCUACUCCUCCUCAGCCUCGCGAGCGCCGCCCUCGGCCAGGGGGGUAUCACCCUGACGCCAACGACCGUCCGCACGGGGCGGCCAGGGCUCCCCACGUCGACCGUGACCGUGACAGACACCAAGACCGAAACAGCCACGGUGUCGGUGACCAAGACGGAGAGCUACAUCCGCGAGAAGACGGUCACGGCCACGUCCACCAUCAUCAGCACCAGCAUCCUCACCUCGACCGCGACCAAGACCAAGACCGACACAAAGACCAUCACCUCGGCCACAACGACAACGGCAACGGCAACCGUGACGACCACCAAGCCCUGCACCACCGUCAGCUGCCCGACCCUGACCAAGACGGCGACGGCGUGCGGCUCCUGCUUCGUGCCGCAGUGCACUACGACCAGCGUGGUGACGCGGCCGUGCGGCUGUAACGGGGCCCUGCCCACUGCCACGGUCUCAUUCCCGUGCAGCGACCCGGACUCGUGCAACAAGAUCGGCUGCACGACCGUGUAUGAUGUCAAGACCGCUGCUGCUGGUGGUUGUUAAUAAGUUGGCCGAGUUCAGGGUAGG